AUGUCCGCAUCACGAUUCGCUCCUCUCCUGAGAACCCGAGUGGCGGUACAAACUGCACCUGGCUUCCAGGCAGUUCGCUCCAUCUCAGCUACAGCCCAAUGCAACAAGGGACCUGUGGAUGCGACAAAGGAGACAUUAAAGAAAGCGGACCGGACUGUAUCUGAUGCAGCAGUCAAGGGCAUCAAUACCGGUGAGAAAGCCGCCAACAAGAUUAAGGAUGCCGUUGGCUCCGGGGCCAAGCAAGCAAGGGAAAAGGGGGCAGAGGUAAAGGGCGAGGCAUCCGAGUACGCAGGAAAGGCGAAGGGUGAGGCGGCCGAGUAUGCAGGCAAGGGCAAAGGCAAGGCAGAAGAAGCACUGGGUGAAGCUAAGCAGAAGACAAAGUAG